AUGACUAAACUUGUGAACGGGAUGACGCAUACAAAAGAGGAGAAUCGAACACAAGACUUGAUAGUAAGUAGAAUGAAGAAAAUAAGAAUGCGAACGUCGUCACUUCUUCACUUCAACGCAUCAGCACAAAAAAAAGUGAAUUUGUUGUCGAUAGGAGUUAUUUAUGAAACAAGAAGAAAACUGGAAGAAGAUAAGAAGAAAAGAAUGUCACCAGAUCGACCGACAUCAGCAUUGGCGAUGGCGUGGCGUCGUCAACUAACACCAGCAGCAGCAGCAACAACAGUCAAUACGAGAAUAUGA